AUGGAUUCUGACCCAUCGGAAGGUGCGACGGCGGAAAUUUUCGCAGAUAUGUUCUCUGGAGACGGAGCAGUAACAUCUGUACACGAGCAAGAUGUGUCUGCGAACCCGACAGACUCGGACAAUUGGGUGGAAUCGCUUUAUCAAACCAUCAUGGAUCCAACACUUGCAUCGAAAAGUGUCACAUUACUCACAGAGAGUCCGAUCAACGUGGCAACUUCGAGCCCAACAAUCUCGCAGCCGUCUUCACCGGCCCCGGAGCGGAGGAUCGGAGAUUGUGUGGCCGGAGAAAGCGGGCCACAGCUAAGAGAAGAGGUUGAGGAGGAAGAUGAAGAUGAAGAAACGAUAAAUGCAAGAAACAAAGGCAUAAACGGGUCCGGAGGGGCAGAAAAGGGGGUGGAAUCGGCAGGAUCUGAUCACGUGACGGCAUUCCAGCCGUUCGCCCUCCCGACACUGGAAUUCCUCCGGGACAGCUUGGCCAAAUACACGGAGUUACUAAGCAAAAAAGAGCCAAUGGAUUCGAUCCCGGCCAGGACUGAUUUUUUGGUGACUCACUACUGCGAGCUUCACGGGUUGCGGCUGAGGCCGAAGGCAAUAAACGAGUGCCUUGCGCAAAUCAGGCGAGACAAGGAGACGGCGCAGCUUUCAGCCCGGAUCGGGAACAAGGAGUUGCUGGAUGAAAUACGCAACUUGCUGGUGCUCAGCGACAAAAAGAGAAAGGCGUAUAACAAGAAGAAGAGCCAGCGGCACCAGCAACAGGCGGAGAUGCACACCUCUACACCUGUGAAGGCUGCAAUGGUUGGGGGGAUGGGCGGUGCAAUUGGUGCAGGGAUGUAUGCUGCGGCCUCUGGUCCCACAUCUGCAGGCAAUACUGCGACAUCCUCCGCUGGAAAUCCGGGCAAUCCCGCUGGCAACCCCGCAGGCAACUCUACGUCCGCACCAGCCUCCGUUGCCCAUCCUUCCGCUUCAUUGUCAUCCAUUUCUUCGUCUACGCCCACCCCUACACCAGCACAGCCCGCCCAGCAGAUCUCGACCGCCCGCAGCAUCCGAAUCGGGUUCUGCCGGGGCGACGCGUCGAAUUUCGUUGGUGUUGCCGACUACGGCCGCCUUUCGCAGGCUGUGUACCGUGAACCGUACGUGCAACAACUCCGGGCGCGGUCGAUGAAGGUUCGCGCGUCGAUCGACGCGGUUUUUGGCACCCGCUCCUCGGUCGCCGGUGAGAACUUGCUUUCGCACCCGCUUACGUACGUUGGAAUUCCGCUCCACCCGGCCCGAAAUUCGUGUUUUAUCGACUGCGAUCGCGACCGGAUGGUUUCGUAUGCCGAGGUGAUUGUAGAUAUUGGUCAGCGGGAUAUAUCGGGCCAAACGGGCCAAGCGGGACAAACCGGGUCUGCAGAUACCCCGGGGCAGGCAGCAGAACCCGGCAGUGCUGCAGUGCCGCCAGAUUUCUCAUCGUUUGUGCUUCUCAAGGUGGUUACGCGGGUUUAUUCGCAGGCAGCACUGCUAACGUGCAAAACAGACCCUGUGACAGGGUACUUUGUUUCUCCAACGUCGAAAUUCGUCCGCAUCAUGCUCCCCUUGCAGGCUGGACUUUGGGCGUCGCUUUUGAACGACUUAAACAACGGAAUUAUAACGGAAAAGCGGUUUGACCAGAUCUGCAUUUGCCAGACGCUCCUCGUGAAAUGCCCAGGGCGGGGUUCGAACGAGGGGGCCGGCGAGUUCUGCCCCGUGCACACCUUUGUGUGGGAUUUCUGUUCCACCGGAACGCCCCGCCAGCCGCCGGUUGCCGUCACCGUGCUCUCCGGCUCGAACCCGCGGAAUAUGCUCACUUUCCCCAAGCUAAGGGGCCACAAAAGGGCCAGAUCCCGCUCCUUGAAUGAGUUGGACCGCAUUAGUGUGCCGCCCUACCUACCGGAAAAGGGUUUUUAUCUAAAAUCCAGAACUCCCUCUGGUGCCUUAUCCGCCGUUUACCCGGGCUUCAACAACGCCGUGUUCUCCGCCCCGCGGUGUGGCCGGCUGCAAAGUGCCGGCAGCAUUGACACGUCCACCGGGAUGGCCGAAUUUUCCGCCCCGUACUACGAAACGCCGCUCGCCACGCCCAGCGACGAGCCCCCGGUGGCUUCCGCGGGCCACCCGGUGAUGUUCCGGGCAAAUUUUUCGGGACCCGCGCCCAAGCCCCGCCCGGGCCGCCUCGCGCUCCACCCCAACACCUCUGCACCCGUCGUCUACCGCCCCGUGCCCACCCCGCGCGUCAAGCCCGAGGACCCCACCGCCCUGCUGCCCGCCAUGCUGCCCUCCCUCGCGGGCAGUGCGGGCUCCUCGGCCUCCAACACCAGCACCUCCAGCAUCGAUGCCCCGCAGAGGCACAGCGUAACUGUUGCCGAGAAGCUCGCCUCCUGCAAGCCUUUGGCCCCCGCCCCUGGGCCGACCCCCGAUGGCCCCGGCCAUCUGGCCAGGCCUGUAAAGCACCCCAGCAAGCUUAGCAACGCAGGCGUUGCAGAGAUGGCCCCCAAGGCGGGGUGCCUUGUAGAGUCUUUAAAGCUACGGUUCGAUGGCAAUUACAAGUUCAGGUACUACAAUCCGGAGGGCAAGUCCGAUGACCAGUAUGCGGCCGAUUCAAAGAAAUAG